AUGGAACAUAGAAAGUACGCGAUGCUUCCAAAAAAAAUAAUAAAUUUCUAUUCUGAUCAUCAAAACGUGGCCAAUGAAGUUUCUGAAGUUUUGCAUGAAGAUAUUAAUUACAGGAUCAGAGAAAUCUUACAAGUCAGCUUUUAUAAUGUGAUCAAAUGUAAACGUAAAUCUUUGCAUACAUCGGAUAUAAGAAACACCCUUGAAAUUGUGGAUGCAGAGAGCCUUUACAAUUCUCCAACCCAUAAAACAAAUAAAACCAGUCCGAUUGUUGAAGCAGCUGUUGAAGUUGGGGAUCUUUUGAGCUAUGCUUCUCAACCAAAAAAUAUUCCAGCUACUAUUGAACCAAAUAUGGAAAUUUUCUGGAUCUCGAUGAAUGAUAUGAUGAUUUCUGAGGAUGAUUCGGUACAGUUGCUUCAAUAUGCCAACCAUUUGAUCAAAUGUUUACAGGAUGUUGAUGAUGACAUUUCAAGGGCUGCUUUUGUUGAUCUGGUGUCAUGCAGGCAAAUUAAUAAUUUACUCCCAUAUUUCAUGUCAUAUAUAUUUAAGAAAGAAGCUAUCCCAGGGGAAGGUAGAACAAUCAGUCAUAAACUGAUUAUUCUCAAAUUAAUAGAAGCUUUUGUGCAAAACAAAUAUCUUACAUUCAAUUUCAAUGAUCUGGAAACAAUUUUGCACUUGCUUUUAGAGUUUCAAACUAUAAAAAUACCUAAUGUUCGGAAAAGUAAAAAAGUUAAUUUGGUUGACAAAAUUAAAUCUAUUAAAAAAAGAGCAUGCAUGGUAGCUGGGGUUCUUGUGAACAAAUUUUCAAGUAAUCCAGGUAAAAUGAUUAAGGGAUAUGUUGCUAAAUUAAUUGAAUUGUUGGACGACUCUGAUGAUAUCGAUAUAAUGGAUAGCAUUCUGAUGUCACUGCUGCAUAUAGAUAUCAAAAUUUUGAUGAAGCAGUUUUUACCAAAAAUCCAAUACUUUUUGAAAAAAAUAAAACACAUUCGAACUGCUUUCAAAUCAUUUCCCUCAGUUUAUCAACUAAAUGAGAAGUCUGAAUAUUUUUACAACAUCCUUUCAUCAUUAACACUGUUUAUAGAGAUUGUUCAAAUUUAUCAUGCAAAACUUGCAAAAUCUUUUGAUUCAGGUUUCAAAUUAGAUCCAGCUGAUAAUAUUAAAAAUAUCAAACAGUUGAGUUAUCUCAUUACAGAAAGAAAGCAAUUAUAUCACCUAUACAGCAUGCUUUAUGAACUACAUGGAGAUAGUGUUUCCUUGAGAUUAAUUUGUUCAUCAAUAGAAACUGGCAAGAAUAAAGUGGAUUUAUUUGACAAAGAAAUAAAAAAAUCGAAUAAGACACAACCUUGUUCUGAAUCUUUUGAUAAUACAAGCGUUAAAGCAGUUGUAACGAAUUCACAGCAUGGUAUCAAACUUAAAAUAUCUAAAUUCUCCAAAUUUCAAAAGUUUGUGACUCAUUCCAGCGUGAACGACUCAGAUAUCUCAACGUGUGUCUCUCACAAAUUUGUUUUAAAAAAGCCAUCUGAUAAAAAUAAUUUGAUAUCGAAAAAUACAAAAAAUCAAAUGAAGUUGGAGGAAGUGUUUGAGUUGACACCUUUCAGAAUCAGAGAUGAAAUUUUGAUACCAUUUCGGUUUAAAGGAAAGACCAUUUUGAGCACAUUUACUGAGAAAAAAAAGGCACAAAUUUUAGCUAAAAAUAUGGCCAAACAGCAUGCCUCAUUGAGCAGAUAUAGAGAGCUCUGUUCUACCUUGCAGUGUCACUCUUCCUCCAUCUCCAUAUCUAAACAUCCUUUUCUGAACCAUUUUAGCUUUAUGUCAACUGUUCCUUUUAGUCAUCUUCCUUUUUGA